UGAUCUGUAGUUCUUCGAUGUUCCAUUGAUAGAAAUUUCAAGGCACAGAUGCUGCUGGACAUGCGCGGAUGUGCGAAACAUGGCGGCCUAGUUCCAAUGGAAAGUAAAGCAGAACAGCAGCACUGUCCGACCUUUCACGUUGGCUGUUUAGGAUCUGUCCAGUUUCUGUCCACUUCAUGUGGUGCUCCAGGUCAUCAUGGGCAAAACCCAUCAGAAAGACAAAACAUACAGUAAUAAAGAGAAGUCAGGGAGGAAUAAUGAAGAUUCACUCCCUUCACAAAAGCUCACUGAGCCGUUCAGCUGGGAAACAUACCUGAGAGAGACUUCAGCCUGUCCCGCUUCCCCCAGCUGUUUCAGACAGUCCAGAAUCCCUCCCAGUAAUGAUUUUAAGGUAGGAAUGAAAGUGGAGGCUUGUGACCCGAGGAAUUCCACCUCUGUUUGCAUCGCCACGGUGAUGGGGUUAAUGGGUGUGCGUCUGCGGCUCAGACUGGAUGGCAGUGACAACACCAAUGACUUCUGGCGAUUGGUUGACUCCUCUGACAUUCAGCCUAUCGGCACGUGUGAGAAGAGUGGCGACAUGUUGCAGCCACCACUGGGGUUCAGAAUGAAUGCUUCUUCAUGGCCCAUGUUCCUCUUAAAAACAUUAAGUGGGGCAGAGAUUGCUCCAGCCUCAGCAUUUAAAAAGGAGCCGUCUAAACCCACUCAAAACUACUUCAAACCUGGUAUGAAAUUGGAGGCAGUGGACCGAAAAAAUCCCUACCUCAUCUGUCCGGCUACCAUCGGAGAAGUGAGAGGGGACAAGAUAUUCAUCAUGUUUGAUGGCUGGAGAGGAGCGUUUGAUUACUGGUGCCUGUAUGACUCCAGGGACAUCUUUCCUGUGGGCUGGUGUCAGCUAACCAACCACAGUCUGCAAGCUCCUGGCAACUGCUUCAAUUUCCCGAAGACUCUUAUUCCAGCAUUGGGCCAGUCCAGUCAUUCUUGGCGCCCCAUGCAGUCCCCGUACCGCUUGCCGCACCCUCUGCCCCCUCUGCCAGUGCGUAAGGGGGUACGAGGGAGGAGACCAAAGAGCCAGACCAUCGCAAUGCUGAAAGCAGCAGCCGAGGCUGCAGCAGCUGCAGCCGCCACGUCACCAAACGGCCAAACGCAGUCGAACGCAGUCAAGAGCCCCAUGAGCUCACAGCUCAUGCCCAAGCCAUAUAAAAAGAGAGGACCCAAACCCGGCAGCAAGAGGAAACCAAAGGUUCCUCAUUCACUUUCAAGCCCCACGUUGGCUUCCUCAGUGUCAGAUGGGAGACUGUCUAGUCUACAGACAACAAGAGACUCGGGAGUUGUGUCCACAGUUUGUGUGUACGUGAAUAAACAUGGAAAUUCAGGGCCACACCUGGACCGUAAGCUGUUGUUGCAGCUGCCUGAUCAUUUCGGGCCGGGCCCAGUGAACACGGUUCUCCAGCACUCGGUCCAAGCCUGCGUGGACUGUGCAUUUCAGCCCAAAGAUCUGUUCAGCUUCCUGCAGUCUCAGUCUGAUGGUGGAGAAAUAAUUCGAGUUCGCUCCGAAGGAGGAAUCCACUACGUCAAGCUCCCCACUGCCUCCAGUGCAUCGUUUGUUCUACGCUUUUUAGAAACUCUGUGUCACCAUCUGCAUUGUGAUAACCUGUUCAGCAGCCAGCCGUUCAGUCCACUAACCACUAACACACACACACCUUAUGAAAGGGGCAAAUCAGUGAAAGAGGAGACAUCAGAAGCUUUGUCAGUAGCGCGUGGUACCAGACGUUUCAACCGAGAUUCAGCUGCCUACACCACUGCCCUGUCACCGAAACUACAGAGAACAGAAGCUCUGCCCUCAGACGAAACCAUUGCCCAUGCUGAAAAUGGUGCCACCACAGAACAGCAGUUCUCAGAAGAGUCAAUGGACUCUGCCUCCAAUCCUGUCGCCCCUCGGCCCCCCGCUCAACGGAGCACGUCUGAGUAUCACCCCCCGACCGGAAGCAGCCCGCACUACCCCUCUCACCCCCCACCCCUCCGCAGACUCUCCUCCAACCCCUCUGAGCUGGGGCCUGCACGCACACACAGACGAGUGGAAGGUAGGCUAUCUGCUAGCUCAACUACUGGUCCUGAUCAUCAAGCAGCAGAGAAGGAUCCCUCCAGAACAUCCAAUAAGUGUCCGUCAUCCUGGAGUAUAGAGGAAGUGAUGCAAUUUGUGCGUGAUGCCGAUCCACAGGCGCUGGGCCCACACGCAGAGCUCUUCAGGAAACAUGAGAUUGAUGGCAAGGCCUUGAUGCUUUUACGAAGCGAUAUGAUCAUGAAGUACAUGGGGCUGAAAUUGGGUCCUGCUCUCAAACUUUGCCAUCACAUUGAGAGACUCAAACAGGUGAAAUAGUGUCUGGAACACAGAGGAUCCACUAGUGGGCAACGGAGGAAAACACAGGUCCACUCAAAUUGAGAGUUGACACCAGAGACUUCAGUCAAGAUUCAUGGAUAUUUAUUACCCGUGACAUGGAUGGUCAAAGGUCUAACAUACUGACCUACUUCACCUGUACUCAUUCCCGCUGGGAAAAAAACUGACCAGCCAAAUAUUUUUCUUUUUUUUUUUUUGGCAAAAACAAAUGCAAAUAUGAACAUCACCAGAUUGACUUUUCAAAGCUGCCUAACUUUGCAUGGACUUUGUGUGCAACCAUUGUGUACAAGGAUGUUCACAAUGGCUCUUGUCUAGAAACAAAUUCAGUGUAAAACUGCAGCUACAGAUCUCAGUACCUCAGUGAUGAUGCUCUGCGUUUACAGACAAUGGUGGAGAAAGCUGAAUCCCAAAGGAUUUCACUGUGUUUAUGUGUUGUGUCCGGUACUGUCUACACGCACAGGCAGCUUGACAAAUGUUCACUUUCCACUGUAUUUUACUCUGUUUACGUCUGUUGAAGAUGUAUUUGAAUAUGAAGGGUUUUGGUGCCGGUUAAUCAAAUUUAAUUGUUCACCAUUUGCCGUUGUUUAUUUAAUUGGACUUAUUUUCAUUCUUUUUUUUUUUUCUUUGACAUUGAAAUCAAAAUACAGUCAUAUUUCAAAAUGUACUUCUGUUUCAUAAAGUAACAGGAAAAAAAUAAAUUAUUUUUAAGUGAUAUAAACCAGAAAUGGUUUUGUUAUGGUUUAUGAAAAGGCACCAAUUUCACAAAUUUUAAAAGCACAAAAUUUUAGUUCUUACUGUUACUGAAGUUGAAAUUACUAUUGCUCUUUAACUCAAGAAAAUGACUCAGGACACUUGUACAAUACAUUUUCAUUUAUUCAUAUUUUGUUGUCAUGAUGUUUUUCCCCUCUAAAAAACUGACUAUAUUAAAUGUCCACACCAGCACUUCAGGUGACCCCCAUGAAGGUGGACAUAAUGUCACAUGGUCCUGAAAUUUAGAGGUUUAUCUGCAUGGAGAAUGAGAAUGAUGUACGGAGCAUGCAGCAAUUCCAGAAAUGUAUGUGGUUUUGUUUAUGUGUGUAUCAUACAAAUGUGUAUUUAGUUCAGUAUUCUUUUUUUUUUAUUAUUAUUUAAUAGGUAGAAACUGUUGCUUUUUUUUGAGCGCAUUGUGUCUGUUUAUAUAAUUGAUAACGGAUUUUGUGACUGGGGGAUGGAGCCUUUUUGUUAUGAUACACAUUUAUAUACAUACAUUUUUAGCUCCUUUUUAGAUACACUGUAUUUACUUUGCUCUUAUACUCAGGUUGAAAUAUUUUGUAUUUACUUAUUUGAACACUUUUCUACCAUUUGAAUAAAUAAUUUGCAUUUAUAAA